AUGAAUAAUAUAUCUGCUCAAGAUCUUGAUGAAUUUAAUCGACAAAAAAAACAAGCAGAAAUGAUUAAACAAUAUUUACAAGUUACAAAUAUUGACACAACAAAUUCUUUACUGACAAACCAUCCGACGGUAACAGAAUAUGAAACUUCUCAAUUACCUAAUACAACAACGAUGUUACCCUUAUCAUCGGUUAAUUUUAAUGAAUUAAGAAAAGAUUUAAAAAUGGGUGAAGAACGUGUUAAACGUUUACGUGAAGAAUUAAAAGAAAUUCAGAAAAAACGUGAUGAUUCUUUUAUAAAAACACUACCACCGCCGCCGCCGCCAUACAUACCGCCAUCAAUUAAUAAUAGAUCAACAUCACCGCUUGUACAAGAAUUUUUAUCAUCACGACAAAUGAUUAAUAAUCCAAUACUACUACCUAAUUAUAACUCUAUGAAUCAUUUAUCAACAGUUCCAGCGGAUGUAUCUAAAGAUCAUCGACAACGACAAUUCUUUUUAACCAUGAGUCAACAUCGAGAGCAACUUAUUGUUUAUCUUGAUUCAUUAAAACAGGCACUUAACUCUCUUGAUCGAUUAGCUUCAUUAGAACCAACACGUAAUGAAGUUCAUCUUGCUAAUAUGAAACUUGAUACAAUUCAACAGAAAAGUCGGCAACUUCGUGCAUUAAAAUCGAAUCGUUCAUCACAACAAUCACCAUUUAUAGAGUGUCGUAUACGACAAUUAGAACAUGAUCUAGUCUUUAUGUUAAGUGAAUAUCAAAAAGAUGUUCAUGGUAAACUUGAAUUAAAUGAACAACGAAGUAUAAUGUUACUUAAAAUAAUGCAAGUAGCAGAUGAAUUAUCGUCUGUUGAUCAACAAAUACAACAAUUAUCAUAUAAUCAGACAGACAUGCAUCAAAUAAAUCUAUCUCCAUCAUCUAAUGACAUGAAUCAACAACAACCAUUACGAAUUAUUAAUGCAACAAAUAACCUUGAUGAACGACAUGUUUCAUUUCGAGAUCUGACAGACAGUAAUCCAUUGACUAAAUUAACCAAUCUAUAUUAUCAACAUCAUCAUCAUCAUCAUUAA